AGCGAAGUAGGACUGGCGAUGCAUUCUGGCCUCCAUCGCCGGCGCCGCUUGUGGUUGUUACGGAGGCGGCCAUGAAUUGGGAACGCGAACGGGAUAUCGUCUGGAAAAUAUCGGAAAAGGGUUUGGGUCGAACUGCUGAGUCAUCAACGUCAGCUGUGCAGAUUGAUCAUUGACGGCGGUUUGCCCAUCAAUUUGCAAGCUUCCCCCCCCCAAAACACCCAUACUCUCUCUCUUUGCCUUUAGCUUCUUCUUGAGUUAAGCGGAAUUGAGAGUGUUGCCUUUCUCACAUGAAUAACGGCAAUCUGGCGUGCUGCCGUGCGCAUUAAGCGCGUUUCAAUCUGACUUUUGUACGAUGGAUCGGGUGGGCCUCGACACGUGCGGGCAUCUGGAGCAGGAGCAGGAGCAGAUGCAGGACCCGAACCGGAGCUUGACUCUCGAGUCUUUGCCUACCGAGGUGCUCGUGGCAAUCUUGUCGGCUGCGCAUUCCACGGCGGACCUCCGCUCGCUCAUCAGCGCCUCACCCAGGCUCUACCAGAUCUUCGUGUCGGCAAAGCGGGAGGUGCUGCUCAGCAUCGUGACUAACGACCUGGGCGCCGCGCUGCGCGACGCUGCCGCCGCUUUGCUACUGACGCCCACCAGGCUCAACUACCGGGGCCCGACCUAUCUGGACGAGUGUGAGCGCGUCAUCCGCCGAUACGAGGCGCUCCCCCACGGCGCCGAUGGCGCGCUAUCCUCGGCGAUCGCCCUGCCCACCGCUGCUGUCAUCCAACUCUCCCGGCUCAACCGCAGCGUGCAAUUCCUCGUCGACGAGUUUGCCGAAUCCAGGCUGCCGGAGCUGCGCAAGAUCCACCCGGACGCCGGCGGCCCGCUGACGCCCGUCGAGCGCCGCCGGCUGGCCCGCGCCCUGCUGCGCCACCAGGUCCUGGCGCGUAUCGAGUACGGCGACCGCCUGCUGCGCGUCGAGGCCGGCGAGCACCUCCCGCGCGAGACGGCCAUGAUGCACCGGUUUCUCCGCCUCUUCAAACCGUGGGAGAUAGAACAGCUGGCCGAGGCGCAUUCGUUCCUGAGCGAGUUGGUCUGGCGCGCUUUCCCCCCACUCAGGGGCCUGCCCAGCCUGGACCAGCGGGCGUCUCAACAGUGGGACCGCAAGAGGGACGCGGCAUUCGACGACCUGUGCGGGUUGCACAGCGCGCUGGUUGAGGCCGAGCGAGCGUACAGCAACAGCACGUCUAACAACCUCGGCCCUCGGAGGUUUCGCGCCAUACCACCGGCCGGCAUGGUUCUUACGGCGCGCUUCCGGUUCCUCCGCGCGGGCCCGCUGCCGGCCCACAGCGCGGGGUCUUACUCCGUGGCCCGCGAGUUUCGCCCGCUCCGCGACGAGCUGUACCGGCACGAGGACGCACUGCCGCAACUGGUGUAUGAGGGGGACGGCAACGAUGAUGCGGCGCCGCCAUUUGCGUGGGUCGACGGGCACGGCGGGCUGGACUGCCAGCGCUGGGGCGACCAAGUGCGCCGAGAGGUGGUGCCAGGGGAGGAGGGGCAGGAGGAGGAGGGCACAAGCACGGCUCGUCAGCGCAUCUGGGUGCGGGUAAAUAUGGACAGGUGGCGUUGGCUGGGGUUCGUGUUCUACGAUCGGCGCCGCGUCGAACUGCUCAAGACGCGCAUGCCCGUGUACGAGACGGGAUGGCUCACGACUGCGCCUCCGUCUGACGAGGAGUUGCAGGAAUUCUACGACAAGGCACGGUUGGCGCAGCCGAAGCCGACAAGGCCGAGUCGCAGGGCAAACGCUACGCGGGGUGGGUGAGGGGUGAUGAGGUGAGAUAUGUUGGAACCUGCAGGGCGAUGACCGCUGAGAUAUGCGCUGGAAGAAGUUAUUCUGAAUCAAAGCAAUGGAUUGGAUUGAAAGGUGGUAAAGUGCUUGAUUGACCAUGCUGUUGAUCGGCAUGGGAGAGGACUAAGUAUCGUAGGUAAGGAAGAGGGGUUGCGGUGCUGGCACCAAUCAACUACCGAGGUCCGUUGAAUGCAGCCAUCAAGGCGGCUUCGUUCCGACAAGAUAUUCCCCACCAGUUUGGUACCGUCAGGACGCCGGCCGAGGUGGCGAAAGGCAUGUUCAUAGCAG